AUAGGCCAAAGCAUCUUAUUAGCAAAGAUUUCAAGACGCCAUUCUCAUCUCUAAUCUCACAUACAAAUGGAAAAGUAAAGGCAGAUGAAAUUCCUUCGCUCUGUAGAAUUUUGCCAACAGACUUCCGGUGAAUUAUAUCAGGAUAUGGAUGAUGAUGUCUAUCGCCGCGGCCCCAUCAAAGAGAUGGAUUUCUUCUCCAUUAAUCAUCCGCGAGCUGAAGUCACGGUGCCAUACGAUGAGGCCCAAGAUCACCAAAACAAUGAUAGACGUGUUGAUCAAGGAGUAAAUACGGGAUUGAAUCUUCUUUCGAUGACUUCGGGAAGUGGUCAACCAGUUAUUGAAGAGAAACCCAAUAAAAAGUUGGUUUCACUUCGAAUCGAAGUAGAGCGAUUGAACGACGAAAAUCGGAAGCUUAAAAGUAUGUUGAAUCGGGUUACGGAGAAUUACAGUGCCUUGCAUUCUCAGCUAGUUUCGGCAAUGCAACAGCAAUUGUGCAGAAACCGGAUAGAACAGGAUGAUACUGAAAGGAACGACCGGUCGAGUCCAACGAUUUCAGCCCACCAAUUCAUGGACCCUGGUCCCUCUGGAGUACGAGACGUGGAUGGAUCUUCACCGUCCGACCAUGAGAUCCCAGAAGUACCGACCUCUCCAGCUAAAAAUGUCAAACCUGCAACGGAGGAGAUGAUUCCAAUCAACAGUAAAAGGCAUUCUGCUGAUGAUGGCUAUGAUCAGACGGUCCAAACUUGGGGACCCAACAAGAGCCCAAAGGUAGCAGAAUCAAGGACCACUGAUCAAGCUCCCGACUUCCCUUGUAGGAAGGCUCGAGUGUCGGUCCGUGCACGGUCUGACGCGCCCCUGAUAAGCGAUGGAUGUCAGUGGCGAAAAUAUGGGCAGAAAAUGGCGAAGGGUAACCCGUGUCCACGGGCUUACUAUCGUUGCACCAUGGCCGUUGGAUGCCCCGUUCGUAAGCAGGUCCAAAGAUGUGCUGACGACAACGCCAUCCUAAUUACAACCUACGAAGGCAACCACAACCACCCUCUCCCACCAGCAGCCACAGCCAUGGCUAACGCAACCUCAUCAGCUGCAACCAUGCUCCUCUCCGGCUCGACCAUUAGCCAGGGCCCACUCUACAAUUCCCCUUUCUUCCCAACCUCUCCCUACCCCACCACACUGGCCACAUUAUCCUCAUCCGCUCCGUUCCCUACAAUCACCCUCGAUCUCACCCACACCCCAAGUCCAUUGCAUUACCAGCAGGUCCCACAACCAUCACUACCAUUUCCCUUUCCUCCAACUAACUACCGACCGCUCAUCAAUCAACCCAUCUACCACACCCAAAGGCUAUCUUCAAUGCCACCAGUGCAACUUGGGCAACGGCAAUCAUCCCUCACGGAAGCAAUCACUGCAGCCAUCACCACCGAUCCCAACUUCACAGCUUCAAUAGCUGCAGCCAUCUCUUCAAUCGUGGGUGCAACUGAAAUCAAUAGCAGCAAGACCAAAAACAACAACGGUUCCCCGGCUCGGCCACCGGUCGUAGCUGUCUCGCCACAGCUCCCUCAAUCUUGCACCAUGUUCUCGACUAACUAGUAUAUAAUCAAUGAAACAUAUACUAAGAUUCUUCAAUGGGGAGACAAUAGAGGCGACGAUACACCAUAGUCCAGUUUAAUGGCAUUCCAUUCGGAGAAGGAGCUACAUCUAAAGAUUAUAUUGUUGUGGAUUGUAUUUUGGCAUUUUCGCAUCACUACACUUUUGAAGGUUCGUUGUGAUUAAGGGCACGUUUGGAUGCACAAACUAAUCAAAUUGCAAUAAUUUGAUUAGUGAAGUCCCAGUGAACAAGUUGUAGUUAUUACAGGUUAUCAUACAUACAUAGUAUACAUCUGUA